AUGGAUGUCCAUAAUGCAUUCUUACAUGGUAAGUCGCAGAAAGAAGUUUAUAUGAAGAUACCACCUGGUUUUGGCUCUUCCUCCUCUGGCGAAGUUUGUCGCCUUCUUAUCACCGGCAAUGAUCUUUUCGCUAUUCAGAAAUUCAAGGAGUACUUGAACCGUUGUUUCUACAUGAAAGACUUGGGCAAAUUGAAAUACUUCUUGGAGCUCGAGGUAGCCUGCACUGCAGAAGGUCUUUUUCUCUAUCAAUCUGCCACUCCUCUUGAACAAAACCAUAAGCUGGCUCUUACGAAGGGUGCUGAAUUCACUGCUCCUACUUCCUAUAGGCGCUUGGUGGGUCGCCUUAUUUAUCUCGCCAUUACUCGGUCCAAAUUGUCCUACUGUGUCCAUAUCCUUGCACAGUUCAUGCAACGAUCACUGCAAGUUCAUUACGCGGCUGCACUCCAAGUCGUACAUUAUCUCCAAGGCCAACUUGGUCAGAGUAUCUUGAUGCAUGCCAAUUGUAACCUUGCCUUGAUUGCCUACUGCGACUUUGACUGGGCUAAUUGUCCUUUGACCUACCGAUCUCUUACUGGCUAUUUUAUUCUUUUAGGUGGCUCUCCUAUUUCUUGGAAGGCUAAGAACCAACUGACCAUGUCUCGCUCUUCCACUGAAGCUGAAUACAGGUGUAUGACCACUACCGCCUUUGAACUUAAAUUGUUGAAAGGUCUCUUAAUCUCUCUUGGUGUCUCUCCCAUUAUGCCUAUGCAAUUGUAUUGUGAUAGUCGGGAUGCUCUGCACAUUGCGGCCAAUACGCCCAAUGCCAAAUCCUGUCUAUCAUAA